AUGGAGGAAGCGGACGUGAGGCCAAGCAAGAAGGCCCGCCGGCUGGGUGCCGGUUCCGGCCUGACGCUGUUCGCCCUCCGCUUGGCGAAGGAGCUCUCCGAGGGCGGCAGCUCCGGUGACAACUUUGUCUUCUCGCUGCUAUCCAUCUAUGACGCGCUGUCCCUGGUGGCGGCCGGGGCAGGGAGCAAGACCCUGGACGAGUUCCUCGCCCUGCUCAACGCGGCGUCAUGCGAUGAGCUCGCCGAGUUCAUCCGCGCCAUGGCGGAGAGCGCACUCGCCGACAGGUCUGUCUCCGGCGGGCCGCUCAUCGCCUUCGCAUCCAGGGUCUGGCACCAGGAGACGCUAGCGUUGAGGCCGGCCUACCGCGCCGCCGCCGUGGAGUCUUACAAGGCCAAGACGCGCGCUGCCGAUUUCCUCGAGAAGGGUUUAUGA